GCUAGAUGUGAACUUAUAAAUUGUCGUAUUCGACUCUCCAACUCGCGGGCGCGUUCAGUAGGGCUCUCCAUAUUUUUAUUUUCUACAAUGUCGGCAGUCUUCGACGUGGUAAUCGUCGGCGGAGGAACAGCCGGACUCGCGCUCGCUACCAGGCUCUCCGAGGACCCCGGCUUGCAGAUAUUAGUCCUCGAGGCCGGUGAGGACUUGACCGAGGAUCCUAGAGUUACCACCCCCUUUUUGGGGAGCUCGCUCACCCGCAGCUCCGCCGACUGGCAAUUUAAAACAGUCCCUCAGAUAGGACUGGGCAACCGAGAGACGAUUGUCCCUCGUGGACGAUUGCUAGGGGGUUGCAGUGCACUUAAUAACUUUAUCUUCGCUGCGCCUUCUAAAUACACCAUUAACGCAUGGGCUGACCUGGGCAAUCCCGGCUGGGACUGGUCGUCCUUCUCUGAAUCUUUAAGGAAAGCAUAUACCUUGACGAAGACAUCCAAGGAGAUAGAGGGCAAUGGUCCCCUGGAAGUUAGUUUUCCCGAAGAUACCGAGUGGCUAAGGGUGUGGAAAGCUACACUGGCCAAUCUCGGAUAUCCUACGUCUUUAGAUUCGCUUUCUGGGGAAUUCUAUGGCGCCUAUCUGUCUGCCAUUAGCAUCGAUCCUGUCACCAAGCAGAGAAGCUACUCUGGCAAUGCAUACCUCCAGCGAGCGCGGUCGCGGCUUAACCUGUCUGUUUAUACUGAGACACACGUCGAGAAGGUCCUUUUUGAUGGAUCGAAACCUGCCAAGGCGACCGGUGUUCAGUAUAGUCAAGGCGGAUUAACCAAGAUAGCAACUGCUCGGAAAGAGGUCAUACUCAGCGCUGGUGCAAUCAACACCCCGAAGAUACUCGAAUUAUCCGGUAUUGGAGAAGCAGAGCUCUUAAAACCACUCGGGAUCAACGUGGUAGUCGAUAACAAACAUGUUGGUGAAAACCUCCAAAACCAUCCCACAGUUGGCAUGUGCUUCGAAGUUAUAGACCAGAAGGGCUUCGAGACGAUGGAUGGUAUCUUACGGGGCGAAGCAUCUGCUUUCGCUGCCGCCCAAGCGGAUUACGAGAACCAGGUUGGAUUCGGUACAAGAGGCAACCUCGAAGUCGCAGCUCAGCUGCCUGUGCCCGGAAUCGAAACCCCUGAGGGGAAACAGGAGAUCGAGAAGCUACUAAGCAACAGGGGGCUCCGAAACGACUCGGAAAAGACAACGGAAGCUUUCGCAAAGGCACACGAAGACUUCGUCAGCUCGGUACUCACCUCGCCUACCAAGCCUUCGGCUACAUACCUCACAAUCCCCGGCUUCGCCACCUACGCCGCCGACGGCACAAUAGCCGGCCCGCCCCCCGGCAACGAGAAAUACUACUCCGCGACGAUAACCCUCGCGCACCCCCUGUCCCGGGGCUCAGUGCACAUAACAUCCGCGUCGCCAUCGCCCUCCUCCCCCCCAGCCAUCGACCCCAAGUCGCUCUCGCACGCCCUCGACGUCGAGAUCCUCUCGCGCCACGUGCGCUUCCUGCACGCAAUCACAACCACCUCGCCGCUCGCCAGCCAUCUCGCGGCGCGCGGAAAGCGCAACCCGGGCGCCCCGUCCCCUUUAGAUCUCGAGGCCGCGAGACGCUACGUGCGCGAGUGCGCGACGGGCUCGCACGACUUCUCCGGGUCGUGCUCGAUGAUGGCGCGGGAGCUCGGCGGCGUCGUGGACGCGCGCCUGCGCGUGUACGGGUGCGCGAACCUGCGCGUCUGCGACGCGAGUGUUUUCCCCAUCGGCGUCGGCCCUGGCUCCGGAGCCAGCGUCUACGCGCUCGCGGAGCAUGCGGCCGGGAUAAUUAAAUCGGACUUGGGAUCGGCGUGAGCCUGGAGAUAUACAUACAUACAUACAUACAUACAUACAUA